CAUACAAUAAGUGUCUGUGCGUAUUCCAGACUUAUUCUCUAAGUGCACGUUGUGACCGGUGUUUUCUAGAACUUUCAUUCAGUGUUUAUUGUAAAGCGCUGGCCUAAUUUGUAACAAUGUCGAACAAGAUUACUGAGCUCAAAUUGGACGUUGCCGAACUUGAAACCUUGGAAAAACAAAGCACCCGGCAAAAAAUUAAGGAUAUUUUGUCCAUUGAAAAAAGGAAACUAAUAUCGGAGAUAGUUAAGUUGGAGGAGGAAAAUAAUUUGCCUGAUAAUGUGCCAGUUAAGUCCACCCAGGCUGCUUCCACAAAGAGAUACCAAGUGAAAAUAAAUAAUUACGCUUGGGAUCAAACAAAUAAGUUUGUCAAGUUUUAUGUCACCCUUAAAAACGUUCACACCAUUCCGGCUGACAAUGUAAAGUGCAGCUUCAGAGCGAGGGCCCUUGAAUUAACAGUAGAUGACUUAGACAACAAAGACCAUGUGUUUACCAUCAGUAAAUUGCUCGAAGACAUUGAGCCAGACCAAAGCAACUGGAAAGUUAAAACAGACAUGGUUAUCAUAAAUGCGGCGAAGAAAACGCAAAAUAAAUGGUCACAUGUUACUAGUUUGGAGAAAAAAGCCAGUGAUGCCCAAAAAAUGGAUACCGAAAACAUGGACCCCGCUGAUGGUAUCAUGAGCUUAAUGAAGAACAUGUAUGAGAAGGGAGAUGAUGAAAUGAAGAGAACCAUUGCCAAAGCCUGGACAGAAAGUCGGAAUAAAGGUGGUCUAGAUGCAGAAUUAUAAUUCAUUCAUAAAUAAGUAUAAUAUUAAUAUACAUGUAAAUGUUGAUAUAUUAAUUAAUUGAAUUAUUUAAGUUUAAUAUGUACUAUGUAUUUUUUUUUAUUUGAGAUGAAUAUAUUAAUUUGUAAGUAAACAAGA